AUGAAUCGAGGGUGUGAAAAUUUGCUGCUAAAAGCAGCUGAAGAGCAUAGCCAUCGAAUCGGAUGGAAAUGCAACCAAACAUACCUCAGUGUCCUGAAGGCGAAUGAGCGAGCCCGGGGGUGCUAUGCCAAAGCUGGAUUCAAACUCGAAUCAAGCAGAAACGCGUAUUGGGGAAAGAAGGAACACAGCGGAUCAGAGUGGCAGAAGAUGAAGAAG